AUGUUACACCAGGUCAUGGGUCAGGCCAAGAAGCAUCCGAGCUUGAUCCCCCUCUUCGUAUUUAUUGGGGCAGGAGGUACUGGAGCAGCGCUGUAUGUCUUGCGCCUGGCAUUGUUCAAUCCAGAUGUCAGUUGGGAUAGGAAGAAUAACCCAGAACCCUGGAACAAACUGGGACCCAAUGAUCAAUUCAAGUUCUACUCAGGGAAUGUAGAUUACAGCAAACUGAAGAAAGAAGGUCCAGACUUCUAAAUGAAAUGUUUCACUAUAAAGCUGCUUAGAAUGAAGGUCUUCCAGAAGCCAUCCACAUAAUUUUCCACUUAUCCAGGAAAUAUUUCCCCUCUAAAUGCAUGAAAUCAUGUUGGUGUAUUGUGUUGGGGUUUACACUGAAUAAUAAAUAUCUGAAACUU